UCUUAGACCAAGAUUUAGUUUGAUUUCUCUUCCUCAUAAAAUCAAAAAUGGAAGAAACAACCAAUCCAAUCACCAUAAUCAACAACUCCCCAAAAAAAAACCAAAACAAAACAACCUUCAUCUUCCUUUGUUUAAUCAUCUUCUUCUUCACUAUUAUCACCACUUUCUUACUAACAAACCCCAUUUCCACAAUUCAAAUAACAAACAUAAUUUCAUCUCCAAACAUCAUAAUCAAAACUACUUGUUCAUCCACUUUAUACCCAUCUCUCUGUUUCUCCACUCUAUCCUCAACCCAUUCUCAGGCUACAACCCUUAGAGAUAUCUUCGAGGCCACGAUAAAUCACACCAUUGAUUUAAUCUCGAAGACUAAACCCCAAAUCAUUAACUAUUUUGGUCAUCAAAUGGUUAGCUUUCAAGAAAAGGCUGCUUUCAAUGAUUGUCUUGAUUUGCUUGAUCAAACCUUAUAUGAAUUAGGUCAAGCCAUGGAUGAAUUUCACAAUUCUAUUGUGCUUUCUAGUCCACAUUAUGGGAAUUUAAAGACCCUUUUGAGUGCUGCUAUGACUAAUGAAAAUACUUGCAUUGAUGGGUUCUUUGAUUUAGAGGAAAUGGCAAAAAAAUUGAAUCAGAAAAAGGGUUUUAGAAUUUAUCUUGAAAUGAAAUUAAAACCCAUUAUUCAAAUGAUUAGUAAUUCAUUGGCAAUCAUUAAACAUAUUGAAGAACACAAGAAACAGAAUGAAGAAAACCAGUCAUUGUUCUUGGAUGAAGAUCAACAGUUUUCAUUGGUUCGAGGUUCGAAAAAUGGGUUUCCGCCAUGGAUGAGUAAGAGGGAAAGAAGAUUGAUGGGGAGAAGGAAUUUUAGGGUUAGGGCAAAUGCUGUGGUUGCCAUGGAUGGAAGUGGGGAUUAUAGAACAAUUGAAGAAGCAAUAAAAAUGGCGCCAAAUAUGAGUAUGAGUAGGUAUGUGAUAAAAAUUAAGGCGGGAAUUUAUCAUGAAAAUUUGGAGAUUCCAAGAAAUAAAAUGAGUAUUAUGUUUUUUGGAGAUGGAAUUAAUUCUACUUUGAUUAGUGGAAAUAGAAGUAUUCUUGAUGGGUUUUCUACAUUUGCUUCUGCAACUUUGACUGUAAUUGGAGACAGGUUUUUAGCUAGAGACCUGACAGUAGAAAACACAGCAAGUCCAGAAAAAUACCAGUCCGUCGCAAUCAGAGUCACCUCCAACUCUGCAUUUUACCGGUGCAACUUCACAUCGAACCAGGACACUCUCUAUGCUCACUCCCUUCGCCAGUUUUACCGGGAAUGUGUCAUCCAAGGAACCAUUGAUUUCAUUUUCGGAAAUGCAGCAGCCAUUUUUCACAACUGCCGCAUUCUAGUUAGAAAACCUAUUCCGGGGCAAAGCAACAUGAUUACAGCUCAGAGCAGAGAAGACCCUAAUCAGAACACUGGGUUCUCUCUCCACAACUGCACUGUUGAGGCUGCCCCUAACUUCUCUCGUCUUGAUCGUAGGCGAACUUUCACCUUUCUAGGUCGCCCAUGGAGGAACUACUCAAGAACGGUCAUAAUGAAGAGCUACUUGGGAGACCUGAUACAUCCACUGGGAUGGUCUCAAUGGGAUGCAUACAGCAAUUUGGAUACAAUAGAGUACAUUGAAUACAUGAACUUCGGACCUGGGGCAGAUACACGAUAUAGAGUUAGAUGGAGAGGAUUCAAGAAGAAUUGUACUGAAGAUAUAGCCAAGAGAUUUACAACAGGAGCUUUUUUACAUGUUCCUGAUGACUGGUUGCACAGCACUGGGUUUCCUCUGUUUCAUGAUCCUUGA